AUGGUGAAAUCUUGUGACCAAUGUCAACGACAAGGGUCAAUUGGUAGGAAGCACGAAAUGCCAAUGAAUUUUAUGAUGGAGGUUGAACUAUUUGAUGUGUGGGGCAUUGACUCUAUGGGCCCAUUUGUGAGUUCUCGUGGUAUGCGUUACAUCCUUGUUGCAAUUGACUAUAUGUCCAAGUGGGUCGAAGCUGUAGCAUUGCCCAACAAUGAUGGCAAGAGUGUCACAAAUUUUCUCAAAAAGAACAUAUUCACAAGGUUUAGCACUCCUAGAGCAAUCAUUAGUGAUGGUGUCACUCACUUUUACAACAAGCAAUUCGCUAAUCUCAUGGAGAAAUAUAGAGUGAAGCAUAGGGUGGCAACUCCUUACCAUCCCCAAACUAGUGGGCAAGUCGAAGUCUCCAAUCGGGAGAUAAAGAGUAUCUUAGCCAAAACGGUUAAUGCAAAUAGAAUCGAUAGGUCAUUAAAGCUUGACGAUGAUCUUUGGGCUUAUAGAACGACAUUCAAGACGCCCAUUGGUACUUCUCCUUAUCGGUUGGUGUUUAGCAAAGCUUGCCAUCUACCGGUUGAACUUGAGCACAAACCGUUGUGGGCAUUAAAAAAAUUAAACAUGGAUUGGGAAGAAGCAGCCAAGUUGUGGUUGUUUCAAAUGAAUGAAAUGGAUGAGUUUCGAUACCAUGCCUAUGAGAGUGCAGCUUUGUAUAAGGAAAAGAUGAAGCAUUAUCAUGAUGUCAAACUGCUGAAGAGAUAUUUUCAACCGGGUGAUUCGUGUUAUAUCCUGUAUUUUGAACAUUGA